AGAAGCAUAAGAGAGAUUCAUAAAGAGAUUAUACACACAACACAGCACAAAAGCUAUUGCCAUUUCUAUCAGAAAUUAAUUCAAAUUAUUUCAAUCUUAUUCUCUUCUUCUCUGAGAGAAAGAAAACAGAAAAAGAAAAGCAAAGGAGUAUAAAGGAGAGGCUCAGUUUCUUCCUUGUGUAUGAAGAAUCUUUCUGUGAAGAUGUUUGAUUCCUUAAGCCUAUACAUACUUGAAGUUUCUCAGAUUCUCUUCACUUUUCCUUCUUUUCCCAGAAAAUCUUUACUCACCCAACUGCUUAAAUCCCUUUGUCUUUCCCUCAAGUCCUUCCAAGCUCAGUUUCUUUGAAAAUAUUUCCCAUCAAAACAUGGUCUUUUUCGUUGUUUUGUCACUCUUCUCUCUCUUCACCACCACAAUUUCUUCUUCUAUCUUCGUCUCUGCCUCUUCUUUGGUCGAUGAUCUUCAUGUCCUGGUUGCUCUCAAGCAAGGAUUUCUAUCCCCUGAACCGGCUUUAACCUCCUGGAAUUCUUCAAAUCCAAGCUCACUUUGUUCCUGGGCUGGUGUUUUUUGCUCCCAAGAAAGAGUAUUUUCAUUGGACUUGACGGAUUUGGACCUUGGUGGUUCAGUUUCAGCACAAGUUUCAAGGCUUGAUAUGCUCACCAAUCUCUCUCUUGCAGGAAACAACUUCACGGGCGGCAUUGAUAUUGCUAACUUGAGUAGUCUUCAAUCUCUUAACAUCUCAAACAAUCAGUUUAGUGGUGGCCUGGAUUGGAACUACUCAAGUCUUUCAAACUUGCAAGUCUUUGAUGCUUAUAAUAACAACUUCACUGCUUUACUUCCUCUUGGUGUUCUCACCUUGGAGAAACUAAAGUACUUGGAUCUUGGAGGCAACUAUUUCAAUGGAAAAAUCCCAGAAAGUUAUGGAAAAUUAGUGGGGUUGGAGUAUCUUUCACUUGCCGGGAAUGAUCUUCAGGGGAAAAUUCCUGGUGAGUUGGGGAAUCUGACAAACUUGAGAGAGAUCUAUUUGGGUUAUUACAAUGUUUUUGAAGGUGGGAUACCAAAGGAGUUUGGGAAACUGGUGAAUUUGGUUCACAUGGAUCUCUCAAGCUGUGGUUUAGAUGGUCCAAUUCCUCGUGAGAUUGGGAACUUAAAGCUGCUUGACACUCUUUACUUGCAUAUCAAUCUUCUUUCAGGUUCGAUUCCGAAACAGCUUGGUAACUUGACAAACUUAGUGAAUCUUGAUCUCUCCAACAAUGUACUCACCGGAGAAAUCCCUUCUUCAUUCAUCAAUCUCAAGCGGCUCAAGCUUUUCAACCUCUUCAUGAACAAGUUGCAUGGUUCAAUUCCUGACUAUGUAGCUGACUUGCCUUAUUUAGAGACCUUGGGCCUGUGGAAGAAUAACUUCACUGGUGAGAUUCCUCAGAAUCUUGGCAGAAAUAAGAAGCUUCAAAUCCUUGAUUUGUCUUCCAAUAAGCUCACUGGUACAAUUCCUGAAGAUUUGUGUUCAUCUAAUAAGCUGAAGAUACUGAUUCUCUUGAACAAUUUCCUUUUUGGGCCAAUUCCUGAAGGCCUGGGAACAUGCUAUAGCCUCACCAGAGUGAGGUUGGGGCAGAAUUACUUGAAUGGAAGCAUUCCAAAUGGCUUCAUUUACUUGCCUGAGUUGAAUUUAGCUGAGUUGCAGAACAAUUACCUGUCAGGAUCAUUGCCUGAAAAUGGUAAUACCUCUUCACAGCCUGUUAAAUUAGGCCAACUCAAUUUGUCAAAUAAUCUUUUAUCAGGACCUUUGCCAUUGUCACUUUCAAAUUUCUCUUCUCUCCAAAUUCUUCUUCUCGGUGGAAACAAUUUCUCAGGUCUAAUCCCUCCUUCUAUAGGUGACCUCAGGCAAGUUUUAAAGCUUGAUCUUAGUCGAAAUUCGCUUUCCGGUCCAAUUCCUCCAGAAAUGGGAAACUGUUACCUUCUUACUUACCUUGACAUGAGCCAGAACAACCUCUCCGGCUCAAUAACUCCUGAGAUUUCCAAUGUUCACAUCCUCAAUUACUUGAAUUUAUCAAGAAACCACUUGAGCCAAAACAUCCCCAAGUCAAUAGGUUCCAUGAAGAGCCUCACAAUUGCUGAUUUCUCCUUCAAUGAUUUCUCCGGCAAGCUCCCGGAAUCAGGCCAAUUCACUGUCUUCAAUGCCUCGUCUUUUGCGGGCAAUCCCCAACUCUGUGGCACCCUCCUUAACAAUCCCUGCAACUUCACCACAAUCACUCGCGCACCCGGAAAAGCCCCCGGAGAUUUCAAGCUAAUUUUUGCAUUAGGCCUGCUUAUAUGUUCCCUGAUAUUUGCAACAGCCGCCAUAAUCAAGGCCAAGUCCUUCAAGAAAAAGGGCUCAGAUUCCUGGAAAAUGACGGCAUUCCAGAAGGUGGAAUUCUCAGUCAGUGACAUCCUGGAAUGUGUCAAAGAUGGCAAUGUAAUAGGCAGAGGAGGAGCUGGGAUUGUGUACCAUGGAAAAAUGCCAAAUGGGGUCGAAAUUGCGGUGAAAAAACUACUCGGUUUCGGAAGUCACAGCCAUGACCAUGGGUUCAGAGCUGAAAUUCAAACACUAGGCAACAUCAGGCACAGAAACAUUGUCAGAUUGCUAGCAUUUUGCUCCAACAAGGACACAAAUCUCCUGGUUUAUGAGUACAUGAGAAAUGGAAGCCUUGGAGAGGCGUUACACGGCAAAAAGGGUGCAUUUUUGAGCUGGAAUUUGAGGUACAAUAUCGCCAUUGAAGCUGCCAAAGGCCUAUGCUACCUUCACCAUGAUUGUUCACCAUUGAUUGUUCAUAGAGAUGUCAAAUCAAACAAUAUUCUCCUCAAUUCAGCCUUCGAAGCUCACGUGGCCGACUUCGGCCUGGCCAAGUUCCUCAUUGACGGCGGAGCAUCGGAAUGUAUGUCAGCAAUUGCAGGGUCUUAUGGCUACAUUGCACCAGAGUAUGCAUACACAUUAAGAGUGGACGAGAAGAGUGAUGUCUACAGUUUUGGUGUCGUUCUAUUAGAACUUCUCAUUGGUCGUCGUCCGGUGGGCGAUUUCGGUGAUGGUGUGGACAUCGUUCAAUGGAGCAAACGAGCAACGAAUAACCGGAAAGAAGAAGUUUUAUGCAUUCUUGAUCCAAGGCUAACAAUGGUGCCUAGAGAAGAAGCAAUGCACGUUCUGUUCAUAGCAAUGCUUUGCAUUCAAGAAAAUAGCAUUGAGAGACCAACCAUGAGAGAAGUUGUUCAAAUGUUAUCAGAAUUUCCUCGCCACUCUCCUGAGUUUCAAUCUUCAUCUUCUUCAUUGAAGACUCUUGAAAAGGAAAAAAGAUUGUCCUAAAUUGAAGCUAAUUAACUAAUAUUUUUUUUGGGGUUUUAUUGGUGUCUUAAAUUAGGGUGAUUUUGUUAUAGUCUUUUUAUGUGCAAAGUAUAUAUUUUUUUAAUUUUUUUUUUCUUAGAUUAGGGAGAGGGGAAAAGAGAAUGUAGCAAUAAUAAUUUAUGAAAUGCACUUCUUUUUAGGAAGUGAAAGUAGUGAGAGCCCUUGUUAAGUAGAGAGAGAGAGAGAGAGAGAGAGAGAGAGAGAGAGAGAGAGAGCUUGCGGGCUUAAUGGGGUCAAGUAUGUUCUCUUUGUAUUACAAUAUCAUGGUGAUGAUAUAGAAAUUUUAUUA